UAGGCUAAAUGAUUGUAACUUAACAGACAAAAGCUGUUCAGCUCUGGCUGCAGUUCUUGGAUCAGAUACCAAUCUGAAAGAGCUGAACAUGAACAAUAAUAAUCUGCAUGAUUCAGGAGUGAAGCUGCUCUGCACUGGACUGAAGAAUUUAAAGUGUGAAUUGAAGAUACUGAGACUCUCUAACUGCAGUGUAACAGAAGAAGGUUAUACAGCUCUGGCUUCAGCUCUGAGAUCAAACCCUUCACACCUGAUAGAGCUGGAUCUCACAGGAAAUUAUCCUGGACAAUCAGGAGUGAAGGAGCUCAGUGAUUUACUACAGGAUCCAAACUGUCAACUGAAGACACUGAGACUCUCUAACUGCAGUGUAACAGAAGAAGGUUAUAAAGCUCUGGCUUCAGCUCUGAGAUCAAACCCUUCACACCUGAUAGAGCUGGAUCUCACAGGAAAUGAUCCUGGACAAUCAGGAGUGAAGGAGCUCAGUGAUUUACUACAGGAUCCAAACUGUCAACUGAAGACACUGAGGUUUUUGAAUGCUGCUGCAGAUGAAGCCUGUCAGUAUGUGGAGAGAGUUGUGGGUAAAAACCCGUUACUCCAGAGAGAGCUGAAUCUGAGUGAACAUAAACUAGGAGACACACGAGUGAAUCAGAUCGCUGCCCUACUGCAGGAUAAACACUGUCGACUCAACACACUGACUCUGAUUGGAUGCAGUAUUACAGAGAAACAGUGUGUCAUCCUGACUUCAGCUCUGAAAUCAAACCCAUCACACCUGAGAAAGCUGAACCUCAGUGACAAUAAACUAGGAAACACAGGAGUGAAGCACUUAUGUGACGUACUGAAGGAUUCACACUGUAAACUGGAGAGAUUGAGUCUACUGGACUGUGGCAUUACAGAUGUUUCUUCUUUAACUCAGUCUUUGACUAACUCAAAAGCACUGCAGUUUUUAAAAGAUCUUGAUCUGAGAUGGAAUAAGAUCGGAGACUCAAAGCAGCGGCUCAGAGACGCGUUACGAGACUCAAACUGUGUCCUGAGUAUAUAUAAUCAAUCACCAAACACGUCUGACGGAUGCUCUAUAUCAUAGUGUGAAAUCAUCAUAAAUGGAGCAGAAAUCAUCAGGUGAUCCACAGAAGAGUCUCACUACUGUGUCUAUGAGGAGAAAUAAAUGUGUGAUUAAUGUGUAAAUGUGUUUCAUACAGAUGGAAGAGACUCAGACUUUACAAUGAAAUAAAGCAGCAUGUGUGUUAGAAACA